GUUUAUUUAUGGAGGAGAAUGAGAGAAUGUGUAGUUUCUUAUUAAAAAUUCAAAAUUCAACUGGAGUUAUGGUUAUAUUAAUUUAUUUUUCUUUGCUGGUGGAUAAUAUGUUAUUGACUUUAAUAGUUCCUAUUAUUCCUGAUUAUAUCUAUCAAUUGGAAAAUAUAAUUAAUGUAAAUGAAACAAAUAAUCAUUUAUGGAUCUAUAAUAUUACUGAAAAUUCUACUGUUUAUAAUUAUACAAAUUAUAGAAGUUAUGAUGAUUUAUUAAGAAAAAAUAUUAAUAAAGAAAAUGGAUUAGUUGGAAUCUUGUUAGCUUCUAAAGCGCUCACUCAACUCGUUUUUAAUCCUUUAAUUGGAGCUAUUAUUAACAGAAUGGGUUAUAUCUAUCCCCUUGUAACAGGAACGAUUAUAUUGAUAAUAUCUUGCAUACUAUUUGCAUCAAGUGAAACAUUCUUUUUAUUACUUAUGGCGAGAAGUAUCCAUGGACUUGGAUCAUCGUGCAUUUCCAUUUCAGAAAAAAAAAAUUCGCAAAAUUGGUUAACUAAAUUUUGGGCCACCCUUUGCAUUUAUAUUAUUGUUAUUGUUAAUAAUAAUAAUAUUAUUAUUAUUGUUGUUGUAGGUGCUAUUUGUAUUUCCACAUCGGCAAUGUCUAUAUUGGAACCAUGUUUGCCCAUCUGGCUAAUAGAAGUCAUGUCCCCUCCUAAAUGGCAAUUAGGUCUUGUAUUUAUACCCGACAGUUUGGGUUAUUUAAUAGGAACGAAUUUUUUCGGACCAAUUAGCUUUAAGUUUGGAAGGUGGUUAACUGCUAUGCUUUCUCUAUUCUUGGUGGGUGCCUGCGCUACGACGAUACCGUUUGCCGUUCACGUUACACACUUAUUACUUCCCCAUUUUGGAAUUGGUCUAGGUAUAGGAGUGGCGGAUGCUGCUUUAAUGCCUUUACUCGCCAGUUUAGUGGAUAAAAGGCAUGUUUCUGUUUAUGGAAGUGUCUACGCUCUGGCUCAAGUUGCUGUCUCUCUAGCUUAUUCCCUAGGACCACUUGUGGGUAGUCAACUAGUGAAUUUAAUGGGAUUCCCUACUCUGAUGAGAUUCAUAGGCUUGCUUAAUAUCCUUUACAGCCCUCUCUGUUGUUUAAUAAAAGAUUCAUCAUCGCCAGUACAAGAGAAUAAGAUGAUGCUAAUUGGUUCUGCAGCAGUUCCUAAUUAUAGAGCAUUCCUUGAAGAAAAUCAAUAUAAAAGAUUUAUUGAUGAUGUCGAUUAAUGUGUUACUUACUGUACGUGAA